CAAUGUUGUAAAAAUGCAUUCAAUUAGCUAAAUCAGCUUAAUUUUCAUAAAUGGUGAAAUCUUAUACAAGUUUAGCUUAACAUAAGUGGUUAGACUAUGAUGAAACUCAUAAAGUAUUUAUAAAAUUAAAUUAUUAGAGAUCACUUUAAACUCAUAAAAGUAGAGCUGAAGAAUUUAUUCAUAAAAUACCUGUAAUAGAAGUAGAUUCUGAUGUUGUUAGAUGUUUGGUAAUAAAAAGAAUUGAUUAAUAAAUAAGGGAGGAACACAUAUUAAUGCAGGACAUCCUUAAGUCUAUAUUAAAUUAGAUACAAGAACAGAAGGUACACCAUAAACAUGCAAAUACUGUGGUUUAUAAUAUGUCAAAAAGGGACAUGGAUCACAUCAUCAUUGAGC